CAAAUUGUUUCUUUGAUUUCAGAACUUCCCCCUGCUUCUAAAUUUGUUGAGUGACGAGCAGAAAUUGGGUACUGACCCGCGUCCUAGUUUAUGCCCUCAGAAAAGUUGUCCGACAAGACAUUUGCCUGGAGUGACUUUGGUCGUGUCACUCUUAUGUUACUGGGUUUUGUUGUCAGAGUUAAACAUUACAACGCAUCGUUUUCACGUGUGUACGUGUGGUCCAAGGUUCGGUCCAGCAUCUACAAAUAGAUUCAGGACAACAACGUAUUGCUAGGCGGGGGCUCAGAAUUACAUGGGUGCCGAAACACUUGCUCAGACGGAGGUCAAAUCUUACUUGCGGACAGGGAACAGUUGAACAGGAUUUUGUUGUCAAGUGGAACAUUUCGUCAUGCAGACUGUAAAAGUGUGGAUAGUGUUUGGGCUGUUGUAUCUGGUCGCAUAUGUCGUUGAAGACUCUUGUGCCCAGAAUACGACCGCCCAAACGGCAACCAAUGGUAGCAGUACUCCAGCUCCCGUUACCAUGACGAUACAGAUGAUGAACAUGACAGUGGCACUUUCUACAUCUGACGUCACGAAUGCCACGACAGGAGGCACAACCAAGUCAACAUCGACGAACACGACACAGCAGUUUUUGGUAAGCGCGGGUGCAACUCCGCCAAACACAGUAACCCCCGGUUUUGCCGAUGUCACCAACAUAACCAACGACGUCACUACCAGCAAGGCUUACGCAACCACGUCACCGGUCCUUGUUAAUGUCACGACAACCGGAAUGGGUGAUACAGCGACAAAUUCCUCAACGUCAGAGAAACCACCAUCUUUGCUUACCACCACACCUGGGAGUUCUACUGUUGCCGUGAUACCUGCGAGUUCCGCGGUUGCCAUGACAACUGAAAGUUCCACAGCCCGCAGUUCUACCGUUGCCAUGACACCCGGGAGGUCUUCGGUUGCCAUGACGCCCGGUAGUUCUUCUGUUGCCGUGCCACCCGGACGUUCAACGGCGCCCAUGAUCUCGACUAGCGCAAUGGCACCUGAUAGUAACUCCUCUGUGACGUCACAGGCCAUGAGCACCCCGACCAAUGAAAUGGACCCGUCAUUACCAUUAGGGCUUCCGAUCGGAGCAUGGAUCGGGAUCGGGGUUGGAGGCGCAUGCGCUCUCCUGAUGUUGAUUGUCGUGCCUAUCGUCUUGUGGAGAAGAAAGCAACAGCAGGAAGACAUAUCGUCUCAUGUAGCCAGCACUCCAGACCUGUGGAUGAAUGACGUCAUGCAUGGCCGGCCGUCCACCGGCCUGGGACCGUCCGUCCGGCUGAGCAGGAUCGAGAUUGACGGGAACUUGUACACUUUCACGCCACUCGGGAAAGAAGCAGAUCCGGCCGGAGCAAACGAGUCAAAGAACAGCGAUGAUGGGUCAGCGACCGACAGGUCAACAUUCCGACCGAGCCGCACUACAGUUUCCACCACGAACGAGACCAAUCGACCAUCUGUUAUUGAAGAGGCAGCCAAUGAAUGAAUCAAAGUGCACUAUUAAAACUUCCCCUGUCAUGAAUCAAAGUGCACUAUUAAAACUUCCCCUGUCACAAAGUAUGCAUAAGUACGUAAUUGUUUACCAAACUGCUUUUACUGUACAUACGGCUGUCACUGUUCUGUUGAAAGGAAACGCACCGUUCUUGAGGCGUCGCCAAAAAAAGACAUGGACGAUUCAUUGACUUACAUAUUAGACAUAUUAAUCCCCACGCAGAUCCUACGGUGGUUUGUGAAUGAGGAUCUGAUUGGAGAUUAUCGCCAUGUGACCUGCUUUAUUUUAACACCAAAUCCGUACAAGGUAUUGGCUAAUAUCGGGUCCUACUUGAACACUCACUUCUGUAUUGAUAAAGUGAGGUUUGUACGUGUGUACGCCCGUCGUAUUCAUACAAAUAUUUAUAUUCAUAGCUACCUUUGCAGCUUUCGAGUAGCGGUGUUUAUCUUAGGGAGAGCACUGAUUCGCGAUUUUCAAUAUAUGGGCCAGGUUCUCAUUCUUCUAGAGCGGCAAAUACCACAUACCCGAUAUACUCAUAGGCCUGGUCCAUGUGUUGAGAAUCGAGAAUCAGCGCUCCUCGUUUGUGAGAGAGUCUAAAUGUACAACGCUUAGUGAGGUCUUAAUCAGCUUACACAAAAAUACUGAACAUUGUGGAAUUUUUGAUAAAAAUUGUUAUAUUUGCAGGGUUGAACAAAAAGAAGAGUAUCUAGGUUUUACUAUAAUUCUAUCUCAUGCAUAACGCUGUAACGUAAAUGAGUAAAUCUGGUCUUACUUAAUAUAUUCUCCAUAUAAACUGUGUAGAACAAACAGUACAGACUACAGUGAGGUGAUACUGAGUGGUAAAAUGUACAUUUCACAGAGGUGAAAGAAACGUCGACGUAGUAAAUACAAAGACAACACAUGUACACAUGUAAAGGUAUAACGCUAUAUAACAAAGACAUUAUCAACAUAUCUCUGUAUAUAGGUCUAACGGUACAAUACAUCAUACUCAACAAUUACAGUCGGAAUUCUACGUAUGGGCUAUGAAAGAAUAACAAGCACGCUGUGGACACUGUUUUGGUAGUGGUACACAGAAAAGUUACUAGUGACAAAUGUUCAUACUAUAUAAGGUCACUGCAUAUUGAUAAUAAAAGGCCUAAAAGUCAUUAGAGUGAUAGUAGAUAAGCCAAUUCAAUAUAUACACAUAUCUGAAUAUAUUUCAUAUGUCUUUAAACUCUAUAUGCUCUAGAUUUCAUGAUGAUAUAACAAGGCAAGUUUACAUUA